AUGCCAAUCAGAUUAAAGGAGCCAUCAAAAUACCAAAACAGUGCUCCUGGCCUCCCUUCAAACUACAAUUUCGAACUAUCCAAGACACUUGGUCGCAUUGAGAGGCUGAUACGAUCCAAUCCAUCACAGGCUACGACCACAAUCACCCUCCAGUUUCCAGAUGGCCUCCUCCAGUUCAGCCCAGUCAUCUCUGACGUCAUUCUCAGCAACUUUGAUGUAUCAGUUACGGUAUUAAGUGACGUCAUAUACGGAGCAUGCUGUGUCGAUGACCACUACGAAUCUGAUUUACUGAUCCAUUACGGCCACAGCUGUCUGAUAAACGUGAAUGAGAUGAGCGUGAGUGUGCUCUACGUCUUCGUGGAGGUGGCAUUUGAGACUGAUCACCUGAUGGAGAUGAUUUGUAGGGAAUUUGUAGAAAAAGGAAGUGGGCCACUUUCACUGAUUUCAACGGUGCAAUUCAAUUCACUAACUAACGGUGUGGCACACGCAGUGAAUAGAAUCCAUUCUGGAAGUGUGAUAGUCCCACAAGUCAGGCCUCUUUCUCGUGGAGAGGUGCUUGGAUGCACGUCUCCUGUGAUUCGGACUGAGAAUACGCUCUACAUCGGUGAUGGUAGGUUUCACCUUGAGGCAGCAAUGAUAGGAAACAGGGGCACGUUCUACAAGUACUGUCCAUUCAGUAGGAGGAUGACACGAGAGGAGUACGACGUAACGAGGAAGAUUGAGACGAGGAAGAAGGCAGUUGAGUCGUUUAGGAAGAGUGAGAGUGUUGGAAUCGUAAUGAGUGGAUUGGGGAAGCAGGGUAAUAGGUUACUGGUAAAAAGAGUAGGAGAAUAUAUUAGUAGAAAUAUGGGUGAAUGUAGGGUGUACAGGAUAUCAGUUAAUGAGGUAUCAGGGGAGGUGUUGGAUGCGUAUUCGUUCAUAGACGGAUUUGUUCAGGUUGGGUGUCCUAGGCUGAGCAUCGAUUGGGGUGAGUCGUAUCAUAGGCCACUUUUGAAUCCAUACGAGUUGAUGGGGCUGAUUGGUGAUCAAUAUGAAAUGGAUUAUUACAGUAAGGAGGAUGUGAAACCAUGGGGUAGUUACUACGGUUGA